UUGGCGGGCGGCUUCCGGCGGCGUGACCAGUUUGUGCGAGGCCCGUGGUGCCGGAGCUGGAAGGGUCUGCGCUGGUGGCCGGUAUUUCCGAAAUAUUUCCUGAACCCAUCCGUGGAUCCCAGACCCUGGCAAGUUCAUUGUCUGAGAUCUGUUGACAACUUAUUUGUAGUUGUUCAGGAGUUUGAAGACUACGAGUUCAAAAAAACAAAGGAAGAAGUUCUAAAGGAUUUUGAAGACUUGGCUAGAAAACUCCCAUGGUCAGAGCCUUUGAAAGUAUGGAAAAUUAACACCACUUUUAAGAAAAAAAAAACAAAGCGCAAAAAGAUAAAUCAAAAUUCAAGUAAAGGGAAGAUUGAUAAUGGAAAAGAAGACAAAACAGAUGAGGCCGAUGUUAAAAAAGAGUUGCCUGGCAAUGCUUUAGAUUCACAUAUCUUAGAUUAUUAUGAAAAUCCAGCCAUCAAAGAGGAGAUAUCUACAUUGGUAGGUGAUGAUUUGGCAUCUUGCAAAGAUGAGACUGAUGAGAGUGCAAAACAAGAAACUGAGCCUCAAGUGCUAAAAUUUAGAGUCACAUGCAACAGGGCAGGAGAGAAACAUUGCUUUACCUCCAAUGAGGCUGCAAGAGAUUUUGGAGGUGCUAUUCAAGAUUAUUUUCAGUGGAAGGCUGACAUGACCAACUUUGAUGUGGAGGUUCUUUUGAAUAUCCAUGGUAAUGAAAUCAUUGUGGGCAUUGCUUUGACUGAAGAGAGUCUCCACCGAAGAAAUAUCACACAUUUUGGACCUACAACUCUUAGAUCAACUCUUGCCUAUGGGAUGCUCAGGCUCUGUGAUCCUCUGCCUUAUGAUAUAAUAGUCGAUCCAAUGUGUGGAACAGGGGCAAUACCAAUAGAGGGAGCGACUGAAUGGUCUGACUGUUACCAUAUUGCUGGCGAUAAUAAUCCACUGGCUGUAAAUAGAGCAGCAAAUAACAUCUCAUCUUUAUUGACCAAGAGCCAAAAUAAAGAAGGGAAACCAUCGUGGGGUUUGCCCAUAGAUGCUGUUCAAUGGGAUAUCUGCAAUCUGCCCUUAAGAACAGGCUCAGUGGAUAUUAUUGUAACAGAUNAGACCUUCUUUUAUAGGAUGGGCUCCAAGAAGAGAAACUGGAACCUUUAUCCAGCUUGCCUACGGGAGAUGAGCCGUGUCUGCACGCCUGCAACAGGCAGAGCUGUACUUCUUACUCAGGACACGAAGUGCUUUACCAAGGCAUUAUCUGGAAUGCGACAUGUAUGGCGAAAGGUGGAUACAGUCUGGGUGAACAUUGGGGGCCUUCGUGCUGCAGUUUAUGUUCUGGGACGUACACCUCAGCCUUUUGUACAUCCUGUAGAACAAGGAACUCCUUGGUAAUGCAAAGAAUGACGAUGACUAUAGUACUUGACAACACUGGAAACGUGAGCAUGAAAAAACCUGCUUUUUGAGAAAAAUAGUAUUAACGAAAAUGUAGUGUGUACUCUUAAAACCAGUACAAAGCUUCACACUAGUUAGCAAAGGGUGUGAUGGAAUUGAAAAGUCUUAUAAGAAAGCAAAGCUUUUUCUUGAAGCUAUUUAAAAGGGUAGCCAGGCAAUUAGUGUUUUGCUUAAAACACCUUAAAGAUAUAUACUGAAAAGCCUAGAGAAAUGCUGUGGGGUUUGGGUUUAGAACAUCUUAUUUUUGGGCUUCAUAGCCUGUUAUCUAUUGUAGCAAGUUCAAAGCUACCCUAGCCUAAAAGAAAGGCAGAAAACAUAAUUAGAAAACAUGUUAGGCUACAUUUCACGCUUAUCAGCUUUGCUAUUCAGUUGCUCAAGUUCUUUACUUUAAUCUCAAAAAUGAAGCAUUUUACAUUUUAUGAACAGGGUUUGCCCCAUGACAGAAUUUCAUAAACCUACAGCAAAAUUUACCAUUUGCCUUAAGAAUUAAAAUACAUAUCUGGUGUUUAGAUAAGUAUAUACAAUUAAAAUAGUACCAGGAUUUAUCAAAGAGAUUGCGAAGAUAGUUCACUGUUAGUAGUUUUAUGGAACAUUGGUUUUUGUAAAUACCACACACAAUGGUAGAUGAGGUAUGGGACCAACAAGCCAAACUAAAAACUCUUCCUUUCAGUACA